AUGGGAACGCCACGCACGCGGUCUCAUCGGAGUACCGAUGUGUCCGACCGUGUCGCAGGAGUUUUUAAAUCCUCAUCCUCUACCUGUGCUCCAACCCAGAGGGUACGUACCACACACUGUGUGUGUGUGUGUGUGUGUGUGUGUAAUGCUCUGUGUGUAGACAGCCUGGUGGAGCGCAGAGCUCUGAGAGAGAGUGUGUUCCCCGAACUCCGAGAGCAGUGCAGAAACACCCUGGGACUGGAUGUCAGGGUGAUAGACCCAUUUGAGUCCAGUGAUCCCAGCCGUUGGCCAGAUGAGAACACGAGACAGCAGCUGAUUACAGAAUGCAGAAACAGCUCCGCAGGACCUUUUUUACUCGCGCUGGUGGGACAUCGGUACGGCGCCGCCGGCCCGCCCGCCCAGGUGGAGGUGGCCGAGUUCCAGCUGCUGCUGCGGGAGAGCCAGCGAGCCGGCGUCUGCACCCGGGAGCUGGAGAGGGAGUACCGGCGCGACGAGAACCGCGUCCCGCCCUCCUUCCGCCGGAGGGACAGACGCACCUGCCGCCAACAGGAGGAGGAGGAAGAGGAGGAGGAAGAAGAGGCUGAAGAAGAGGAGCUGAGGAAGAUGUUUCAGACCUCUGUGAGUCUGUGUGUGCAGGCCGGUGUCAUGAGCCCAGAGAGAGCCCAGAGCUUCUACCGAUCAGUCCUCGACGCAGAUCUGAGAUUCGCUCUGGACGAUCCUCCUCCUGAUGACGUCAUCGACCGUCCUCCCGAUGACAUCAUCGGACGCUGCCUGGUUUACGUCCACAGGGUCGUUGACGCACAAGGAGAGAGAGAGAAGAAGGCCCCGACCUUUGACCUCUCGCCCACCGACUCUCGGCUGCUGUCCUCGCUCUGUGACGACUUCCUCCCGGGUCUCGCCGCUUCCUCCCGGCUUCUCGUCUACGUCACGACGACCGCGUGCGACCGUCGCCACGGUUACACGGCGGCGCGGCGGCGCGGCUACGCCGAGGCCCUGCGCCGCCAGGUGCGCUCGGACCUGCUGCGGAUGAUCGACGGCGGCGGCGUCUCCCCGGGAGGCGGCGAAGGCCCUCGGGAGGAGCUGUGCGGCAUCCUGUCACGACUUUAUGACAUCACACGGCCAGAGGAGGAGGAGGUCAGAGCCUUUGUGGAGCAGAGUGGACAACAGCGCCCUCUAGUGGUGACCGGAGGACCGUGCACGGGGAAGACUGUACUGCUUGCACAUUGUGCUCAACAAGUGAAGUCUUGGCUCCCGGCCUGUGAUCCCGUGGUGAUCAUUUAUUUCUGCAACCUGUCGACCGACCGUUCCCCGAGGCGCCUGUUGUCCAGCCUGUGUCGUCGAAUCGCCGUUGGGUAUGGCGGUGGAUCUUCCCCCGAGCAGAAUCACCUCGGAGACUUCGACCUCCGUCUGCCGGAGCUGAAGGCGCGCCUCUCGUCCCUCUUCACCUCCGCGCCCUCGACCCAAAGGCCUCUGGUUCUGAUCCUGGACGGCCUGGACCAGGUGGAGCGAGACGUGGCGGCUCCCGUCCUGGAGACCGUCCCGUCUCCCCUCCCCCGAGGCCUCAAGCUCAUCCUCUCCUCCGGCGUCACGCCGGUCCUUCCCGUCCCGUGCGUGCGCGUCGGGAUGGGCUCGGCGGACGGGAAGCGGCGCGCCGACAUGUUGGCGGCGCUGCUGCGCGGCUCGGGGAGGACGGUGACGUCGGGCCAGCAGGCGCUGCUCAACCGGGCGCUGACUUCCUGUCGCCUCGCGCUCUACGCUCGACUGCUGCACCUCCACGCCGAGCGGUGGCGCUCAGAUUCGGACGUCGCCGAGUCGUCGCUCCCGGCCGGCGUCCACUCGUCCGUAUCGGCGCUGCUGGGUCGCCUCCAGCGGAAGCACGGCGCCGCCCUCGUGGCCCGGGCCGUCUCCUAUCUCGCCCUCUCGCGGACCGGGCUCACGGAGGCCGAGCUCGCCGACCUGCUGGCCCGCGAGGCGCCGGACGAGAGAGUCCCGACGCAGGUCGACGUGGAGACGCUCCUGUUGGAUCUGAGGAGGUUCCUCGUCGGGAGGACGGUCGCCGGGUCGCGCGUCUUGUUCUGGACCAGCAGGCAUUUCCAGUUGGUGGUGGUCGAGAAGUUUCUGGGCGCCCGCGAGGCGAGGCGGGAGAUCCACGCGGCCAUGGCGGAGUAUUUCGGUGGCCGAUCGCCUCGUGGCGGAAGUUCAAAACCCAACGAGGACGCGGUCCGCGUCGAAGACGGGGAUCCCCCCGGCGUGGGGGAAGCCCCCGGACAGACGUUUGGUUUCUCCUUCCGAGAGGUCGGCCGGUUGAACUCCAGGAAGGUCUUGGAGUUGCCGCAUCACCUGCGAGAAAGCGCCCAGUGGGCGGCGUUGGAGCGCGGGCUCCUGAUGUCUUUCGCAUUUCACGGCGCCGCGGUUCGAGCGGGACUGCUGGCGGAUCUGGUCGCCGCGUUGGAGGGCGACGAGGGGGCGUGCCACUUCUGUUUCCCCAGGGAAAAAGCCCUGCUGGCGAGCGUGCUGAGGUCCCGUGUUCAGAGCUCGCCGCUGCACCUGCCGUCCGCGAUGGAGACGGGCCUCCUGCCGUACCUGGAGGUCUUCCCCGAGCUCGAAGGUUACGUCCGAGAGAUCGGAGAAGAGCGGAGGAGGGCGGGAAGCGGAUUGGGAGUCUCGCUUUGCCCCGCCCCCUCGUCGGUCCCCUCCGUCCGACGCUCGCCGCGCGACGAAGCCGAGGGCGCCUCGGUGCGAGAGGCGGCCGCGACCGAGUGCGGGAUCGUCGCGGAGGUCAUGGACGACGGCUCGGCUCGGGUUUGGAAAGGCUUCGGCCGCCACGCCGUCCGGCCGGUGGCGAAGGAGGAGACGACGUUCACGGGAGUGAAGAGCAGCGGGCGCUUCGUGUUGUUCUCCACGCGGCGCGGCGAGCUCCUCCUGUGGGACGUGACGCGCCCAGAGAUGUUCCUGCGGGUCAUCGAGGACGAGGCGAGCCGGGAAACGGCGAACCGAGUCGAGGGGUUCGCGGCGUGUCGGGAGAAGGUCUUCGUGUGGCGGGCGGGAGAGAGCUCCGUGAGCUCGUUCGACGUCUCCGACGAGACGUCGGCUCGUUUCCAGUGUCGCGGCCGCGUGACCGGCGCGGUUUGCUCCUCUGGUGGUGGCUACCUGUACUGCGGGCUGGAGGGAGGCGCGCUGACCGCGUUCGACACCGACACCGGCGGCUUCCUCGGCGCUUCCUCGACCGCCAGCCGCAGCGCGAUCACGUGGAUGCUGCUGCGCGAAGACGAGCGGGAGCUGGCGUGCGUUGACGGGACGGGAAGUGUCAGCGUGUGGGACGUGGCGUCCAAGACGACCCCGCCGAGACUCGUCAGAGAGAGCUCCGUCGGAGGCGACCGCGACGGCGUCCAGAAUAUCGAUUACUCGCGUGAAAUCGGCAUUUUAUUGGUGUGUCGAUCUCACCAAGUUGCAUUGUGGGACACGCGCGACUGGGAGCCGCGGGACCGGUUCCUGGUUCCUCGGGGGCGGGCCUUCGUUCAGGCGGCGCUCUGCCAACAGGGCCGCCUCUUCCUGGCGUUGCUGGACGCCCGCCCCUUCGUCUUGGCGUGGCGCCUCGGCACGGGGGAGUGCGUCCUCUCCUUGGAGACGCACGAGCGUCCCCGGGCGCUCCUCACGACGGCCUCGGGCGUCGUCUGCGUCGCCGGCGACGGCCGCCUGACGGCGUGGGACUCCGGGAUGAUCGCCGCGGCGGCGGCGGCUCCGAAGAUGGGGCGCGGCGUGACAGAAGUGGCGGUCGACCGAUCGGGGGCGUGCUUCUACACCUCCGACGGGUCCGAGGCGGUGUGGAGGUGGAGUUGGGACACGGGGCUCCCGCGGGAUAACUUCCUGCACGACGCCCCCGUGGGGAGGCUCCGCCUCUCUCCGGACGGCGUUCGCCUCGUGACGCUCUCGGCGGGGGAGGUGUACGUCUGGCGGACGGACACCGGGCGGAACGUCCUGCGCGUGAGCGGCGGCGGCGGAGCGGCGGACGUCCUCAUCGCCCCCAACGGGAACGUCGGGGUCACCAUUUCGGAGCGAGGGUCGUCCCGCGUGUGGAAGCUGGAGCACGGGAGCGUCGUGUGCGUCAUCCGCGCUCGCCUCUCGGACGCCGAGGUGUCGCCGGCGAGCACCUUCCUCCUCGGCCUGCGCCGGGGAGACCUGCUGGCCGCCAGCUUGUGGUCGGGCGCCGUCGACAAGCGGUUCUCCCGCGCCGGCGGCUCGGAGCGCGUCGUCGCCUUCCGCGCCCUCUCGGGUCACCCCGACUUCGCGGUGGUGAUGGCCGCCUCGGGCGCGGUGUUCACCUGGAAGGUGGCGGAGGAGACGCUGUGUCGGCACUUCCGGCUGCCGUAUCGGUUCCGCUGUCGGCCGCGGGACUUCCAGGCGACGGAGGACGGGAGCUUCGCCCUGCUGUCCGCCGACGGCGAGGUCAUCAACCUCCUGGACUUGUCUCGGGUCAGACUCUGCUCCCUCAAGGCGGAGGGGCCGGUCGUAAAGGCUUGUUUGGAUAAAACUGGAUGCUACGCUGCCUACAUAUACACCACCAGCACCAGCAGCACCACCAGCACCACGCAGGAGGACGACCUCCGUCACCCGAGGCCCGUCCUCGCAGUCGUACGACUGGCAGACGGGGAAACGAUAGGACGCGCCCGUCUGCCGAAGAAUCCGUCGGCGUUGGUCGUCUGCGAGCGGCGCCGCGUGUUCGUGGGAUUCGACGACGGGUCGGUGGGCGCGUUUUCUAUCUCGGACGCCGCGGCGGUCGACGGGGAGUCCGACGGGCGCGGAGAGAAUCCGAGCCGCCGGUCGAAGCGACGCCCCUGUGACGGAGGAGCGCUCAGGCGGUUGCCGCGAGAAACCGCCAAUGUCAUAUGGCCUUAAGGUUGCUGGACUGAGUUUUCAAAAUACAGAUUCAUUAGUGUGCGUUGUUACCUUCGUAUUGAAAAUGCUGAAGGUUAUGUUUUGAUCGCCAUUUAUUUAUUUGUAUGCGUGUUACUCGCAUAACUCAAAAAGUAUUUAACCGAAUCGCAUGAAAUUUGGUGGGAUGAUUGGUUAUUAUCCGGGGACCAUUUGAUUAGAUUUUGGGAUCGAUCGGGUCAAAGGUCAAGGUCAAGGUCAUGAAAAGGUCAAAAUCUUCUUUUUACCAUAGCGCGGUCAAUUUUUAUCCAAUUGGCAUGCAACUAAUGCCAACAUGUUCAUAAUUCAAUGCCCAAUCUUGUGAUAUGCGAAGGUAUGCGCUCUACCGAGUGCCCGUUCUAGUUGUGUACAUUGGAAUAUGAAAUGGUUUCCACUUCUGGGGAAACUGCAGCCGCUUUUAGUUUCAGUUUCAGGAACUAUGAUGAAGAUGAUGAAGAUGACCUCAGUUUCAUUUCUGUGAGAGAAAAAAAAAUCAACACCGGUUUGAGCCCCAUAGUUACUGCAUGUAUUGUUGAUGUUAUCAUAAAAUAAUGUUGGUAUAAAUGUCCUUUUUAUACUUAUUUUUCUGUAUUAAAAAGAAAUGUAUUUGUAAGAAUGACAUUAUAAAAAGCCAAAAGUGUGUUUUGAAAGAAAGAAGCAACUUCUGACCUUCUUUUGGGCUCAUGGUGCCUUCAGGUUUCUUGUGAAGAUCGUAAAUUACACUACUUUGCUUGCUUUUAGUAGAAAGGAAAUUACAAAUUGUACGACAGUAUACAUGUCUUAUGUAUUCUUGUAUUAAAAAGCGAUGACACGUC